GAUGAAUAGUAAUUAUAUUGAGUAUUUCGAAUGGCAACGCAUCGAUCCCCAUCCUCCUGUUCCUGUGUUCCCUUCGAUCAUAAUGUUCAUUCGUGCGACGAGCUUCCAUGAUCGAUAAAAGCAGCUUUCAGAAGAUCGUGAUUUUUCGGGUUCCCGACCAGUCAGUGAAUAUGGACCCCGAACCCUAAAACGAUCAUCAGAGAUAGAGUUCAGCUAAACAACGAGAGAUCCUACACCAACAUUUUGUUCACGAAUGAUCGAGACAACCACGGAGAUCCUAAGAAUUGAUGAGAGGAUGGUAGACGUUGAUCAGCUAGCAAUUUUUACGUAAGUACGAUCUGAGACGAUCUUGCUCGAGGUAAAUGAUCAAUCUUACGAUUACAAAACAAUUAAGGGGUUCUUGCCAACAAAUAGGACAAGCACAAGUGCGUCCUAGACAUUUUCAACAACGACUCACUUCACCAGGUUUUUUGGUACACUAACGCUUUCCCUGUUUACCUUGUUCAUUUCACGAGGUAACUCAGGUUUUGUUUUUGUUUUCGUUUGACUAAUCAUCACACCGCGAUAUUCACGUGAAUUGCAUUCAAGACUUCCGAGUCAACCUUACGCCUUCUUCACUAAGUAAGAACAUUGUGUUGUUUACUUUCUCGUCUUUUUUUUGAUUGACGUGAAUCAAUCUUACCGGUUUUCGUUUCGCGAAGCAUCGAUCAAAAUGGCGUGUCGUACACGCUAUGAGAGCAGUUCGGAAGUGGGCGUGUUCGCCCGUGUCACUAACAGCUACGCACUUGUCGGUCACGGCGGCUCGGAGGCAUUCUACGCAAGCAUUCAAAGCGAGCUGCCGCCGGAGAUGCCGGUGGUGCACUGCACAAUAGGCGACACUCGAAUCGUUGGACGACUUACGGUACUUUCAAGACAAACUGAAUUUUUGUCAUUAUGAUCACCAUUCUGAAUUACGGAUACGCUUACAGAUUGACUUUGCGCCUUUUGGCCCUCCAUAUUCCAUCAUUCUCAAACGAUCCCCAGGUUGGUAACAGACACGGCCUUUUGUUGCCGAACACGACGACCGAUGCGGAGAUGCAACAUCUGAGAAAUAGUUUGCCGCCAGAGGUGAAACUGCAGAAGGUAGAGGAGAGACUGAACAGUCUCGGAAACGUGAUCGUCUGUAACGACUAUGUGGCACUUAUCCACCCGCAGCUCGACAAAGAGACGGAGGAAAUCAUCCAGGAUGUCCUCAAGGUAAUUGCGAGAUUGCUACUUCCUAACGAUGUCGUCACACUCGAAGGAAAAGCCUUGAAUAAUCGAGUAAUUUUCUGGAUGCAACUUUUAAACACAAGUAUUUUACGAUUUACAUUCUUGUUGUGCAAUCAUCAUCACUCAGGUUGAGACUUUCCGAUACGCAAUAGCCGGUAACGAGCUAGUAGGAAGCUACUGCGUGUUGACAAAUAACGGAGGUUUGGUUCAUGCGCAUACUCCCGUAGAGGAGCUCAAGGAGUUGAGUAACUUGCUACAGUUGCCACUUACCGCGGGUACUACAUCUUUAGCUAACCUAUCAUGAUUUGAAUGUAAUUACAGCGUUAGCAUGGUGUUGAUACUCAUUUUUUCUCCAAGAAUGACGUUCCUUGGACGUAAAGAGGAAAAAAACCUAAAACAGGAACGAUUAACCGCGGUAGUGAGGUUGUAGCAGCAGGAGUCACAGCAAAUGAUUGGAGAGCAUUCGUCGGUAUGGACGCAACAGCGACAGAGAUUGCUGUGAUCGAAAACAUUUUCAAGCUGAGAGAAGUCGGCGACAGCAUGGCUGGCGCGCUCAUCGACACUCUUGCUUAAUAAGCAUGUUGUUCUGGUGGUUCUUACGUUGCAGUUGUAUGUUGUAGAAAUGUACUGAUGUUUUUAUGCAGAUUAUAAGGAACGCUCGUUGAUGUCUACAAUAAAUAUGAAAGAUGUCUUCCAUGAUACGCAAAAAUCGUUGGAAGAAAUUUGCAGACGGGGAGUGGUUCUCUGACAACUGCAACACACCAAAAAACGGAAAAAAGAUACAGAAGAUUGAGGUAUUUAAAGAAAAGAAGGAUCCAGCUUCUCCUUCUGGAAGUGCGAUAAUGAACAUUUGAGCUACAACAAGGAUCCUCGUAUAGGCACUUGUUGGGCUACAUAUAAUGACAGCUAAAUACGCCACGUAAACGUAUUGAAAUGGGCUUCCAAGAAAAUGGCGAAAACAGAGCUUGGAAGGAUGAAAUGUAUCAAGGAAUAGAGCUGCAACAAAAUAAAAUAGAAAAGCA